AGUUUGAAAAAGUUAUAAUUUAUGGAACGUUUGGUCGUGUUAGGUUGUGUUUAUUUAAUCUCGAAUUUAAAGUAUUUUAACCAAAGAAAGUAAAAGUCAAGUGCCUUAUUUAUAUUUAAAAUCGUUGGCAUUUUUCAUGUUUUCUUAAUCAUUUGUAUUUUUUUAGGGUUGUCAUAAAUGAAAUUUAGAACACGUUUUGACAUAAUUUUGUUUAUGUUUCGAUUUAUUUUGUUUUUAAUUUAAUUGGUUAUUGUACAGUCACGACGUUUUUUUUUACUAAUUUGCUAUAAAAAUUUGUUCUUCAUGACACCUAAUCAUCUAUAUUACACUUGUAAUAUAUAAGAUCCUUCAUUACUACAAUUAUGGCCAUGGCGGACGUGAGGGACAUCCUGGAGCUGGAGCAGCCCGUCGUGCCGGAGAUCACCAAGGAGAGCAUCCUCAGUGGCGCGGACAAGCUGAAGAAGAAGCCCGGUCCCACCAAGGGUUCCAAGAGGCCGGAGGGCAUGCACCGGGAGGUGUUCGCCCUGCUGUACAGCGACAACAAGGAUGCCCCGCCCUUGUUCCCGACCACCACGGAUAAAGGCUACAAACAGAUAAGGGCCAAGUUGGGGAUGCGGAAAGUGCGGUCGUGGGAGUGGGUGCCGUUCACCAAUCCCGCGCGCUCCGACAAAGCGGUGUUCCACCACUGGCGAAGGGUGUCCGACGACAACAAGGAGUACCCCUUCGCCAAGUUCAACAAGCAAGUCCCCAUCCCGCAGUACUCGGACGCGGAGUACGCCCAGCACCUGCACAGCGACGGCUGGACGAGGGCGGAGACCGACCACUUGUUCGAUCUGUGCCGGCGGUUCGACCUGCGGUUCAUCGUGAUCCACGACCGGUGGGACCGCUCGCAGUUCGCCGACCGCAGCGUGGAGGACCUCAAGGAGCGCUACUACGGCGUCUGCGGGGUCCUGAGCAAGAUUCAGGCUGCGACCAGCCACGAAGCCAAACUUUACGUGUUCGACGCGGACCAUGAACGACGGAGAAAGGAACAAUUGAAAAGGCUCUACGACAGAACGCCCGAGCAGGUGGAGGAGGAGCAGAUGCUGCUGAGCGAGCUGCGCAGGAUCGAGACGCGCAAGAAGGAGCGCGAGCGCAAGCAGCAGGACCUGCAGAAGCUGAUCACGGCGGCCGACAGCCAGGCGGAGGCGCGCAAGUCCGACAAGAAGGUCUCCAAGAAGAAGAUGCAGCAGGUGCGGCCUCGCCUGGACACCGUGACGGUGGAGACGGCCGGCAUCAAGUUCCCGGACUACAAGAGCAGCGUCGUGGCGCUCCGCUCGCAGCGCAUGAAGCUGCCGGCCAACGUGGGCCAGAAGAAGAUCAAGAACAUAGAGCAGAUGCUGCAAGGACUCUGCAUAGUGUUGAUAAUUCACCUCGGGAACCAACAACCACCUCAAGAAUAUGCAGUGUUCACUUUAUUGGAAAAAAAAGAAGCGAACCCGAUCCCCACGGAGGAGGUCUGCCACCACUUCAACGAGCUGCGCAGCGACAUGGUGCUGCUCCACGAGCUGAAGUCUGCCCUGGAGAACUGCGAGUACGAGCUGCACGCGCUCCGACACCACUACGAGGCCGCCAACCCGGGCAAGACGCUGCAGAUCCCAGCCAAGGUGUUUGCGAACAGCGACGUGGCCCAGAAGAUAAUGCCGGUCGCGACCUUCGAAGCAGCGAAGCAACCGAGAGCCUCUUCAGAGAUAAUCGACGUCGUCGGGAUCUCCCCGGGAGUGUCGAGUGUCACCUAGCAGAUGUUCACGACGCUCGUACAACAGUCUGUUGGUUGAUUGUGUCGAGAACGAUGCUGACACAUCUGCAAGCUGGCAAUUGCAAAUUCACAGACGUCGCGUUGACACCAGAGCCUAAAUUGUUUCAUGGAGUCUUUCAACUUUUGGAUUUGAUCUAUAUAUUUUAACGUGUUCGUUAGCCCACAGUGAGCACAGUUUUAAAGUUCAGGACGUGUCAAGAGAAUUGUGGUUCAGUCAUUCAACUAAGAGGUACCGUGUGCUUCAAGGCCACUUGAAUCUACAAAUCCUCGGUCUCUAGUUAACACACAUCUGUUGCUGCAUGGCAAAAUUUUUUUUUUUUUUUAUGAUCAGUGGUAUUUAAUCUUUAAUUUUUUGCUCUAAUGCAUAUUCUGAGUUAUCCAUAACAAUUAUUCACCAACAGGUGACAGUAUCGAACUGUCAGGAGAAAUUAAUUAGCUCUGGGAAGGAGUUUUAAGGCUCCUCAACAUGUGAGGGGUGAUAGUACCAACAUGGAAAAUCGACAAAAUGAAUCAGUCAGUGGGAGGUAACUGAAAUGUAGGCCUUUGAAAAUACUAUUUUUUUUUUUUUUUUUUUAUGCAAAGCAAAUAUUGUUUCAAAUAGAGAGUGUUGUUUUCUGCAAAGCUGUAUUACACUUAUUUGAUCAAAUACAGGAUUGAUUAAAAAAAAAAAUUGUUUAACAUUGAUUAAGUAAUUAACCAAUUGGGCCGUUUGUAAAACAUACAAUAAAAAUUAUUAAAUAACCAUGCAUAAUAUUAAUAUUGAGCAUUCUUAAAAGCAAACAGAAUGCCACAUUUUGAUUUUUUUAAGUAACCAACUUUAUUCAAACAAAACAAAUUCAAAACCAAAAAAAACAUGAGCAAAUCUUUGGCGUCCAGUGUUUUAAAAUUCUGCAUCACAACCAAAACUUCAAAAGAAAUAAAUAAAAAUUUCCUGACGAUGUCAAAUCAAAUAUUAAAAAGAGCUCCGAUUGAUUUGCUAAGGCCUACUGGAGUGUUUCAUUUAAUUAAGAAGGAUUAGGAUUCGACCUUGCCAGGAAAGAAUCCAUAGCAUUCUUAAUCACCCCUUUAAUCAAUUAUGUUCUUGGUGUAGGGGGGAGGGGGGGGGGACACAAACAGCUUGAUUUGGUGCCAGAUCACUGACUGUGCCGAACCGCCAUUUUCAGAAUUAAAGACUUUUUGCUGAA